CCACUUUCAUUAGAACCUUCCUCUCCUCCUCACCUCGCCUCAGUCCCCACACGCUUGCCUUCUUUGACAUGGCUCCUUAAGCCCUCACCCAGAAUUCCCAAUUGCCAAUAUUUUUCUUUCAAAUCCCUCUUUUCUUAUUCUCUAAUUUUCAAUCCAAGAAUUUUUCUUUCUCAAAUCCAUCAUCAUAUUAUAAUCAAUCGAUCAAUCAAAACACAAAAUUAUUUAUAGGGUUUCUCAUUUCAUCCCAAACUUUCACAUGUUAUCUUCUGUUGAUUGAUUGAUCAGGAACUUCUAUAAGAUGUAUAGCAAUUUCAAGGAGCAAGCAAUAGAGUACGUCAGGCAAGCCGUACAAGAAGAUAAUGCCGGUAACUAUGCUAAGGCCUUCCCUUUGUACAUGAACGCGCUCGAGUACUUCAAAACGCAUUUGAAGUAUGAGAAGAACCCUAAGAUUCGGGAAGCUAUAACCCAAAAAUUCACUGAGUAUCUUCGUCGUGCUGAGGAGAUCCGGGCUGUGCUCGAUGAAGGUGGCCCUGGGCCUGCCUCCAAUGGGGAUGCUGCUGUUGCUACCCGCCCCAAGACCAAGCCUAAGGAUGGAGAAGAUGGUGAGGAUCCGGAACAAGCCAAAUUGAGGGCUGGACUGAAUUCUGCAAUUAUUAGGGAAAAGCCCAACGUCAAGUGGAAUGAUGUGGCUGGACUUGAGAGCGCGAAACAGGCGUUGCAGGAAGCUGUUAUUUUGCCUGUUAAGUUCCCCCAAUUCUUUACAGGGAAGAGACGACCUUGGAGAGCUUUUCUUUUGUAUGGGCCACCUGGAACUGGGAAGUCUUACUUGGCCAAGGCAGUUGCAACUGAAGCAGACUCUACUUUUUUCAGUAUUUCUUCUUCGGACCUGGUUUCAAAGUGGAUGGGUGAAAGCGAAAAGCUUGUGUCCAAUCUUUUCCAAAUGGCACGUGAUAGUGCUCCUUCAAUUAUUUUUAUUGAUGAGAUAGAUUCCUUGUGUGGCCAGCGUGGUGAAGGUAAUGAGAGUGAAGCUUCAAGACGUAUCAAGACAGAACUACUUGUGCAGAUGCAGGGUGUAGGUAACAAUGACCAGAAAGUUCUUGUUCUUGCAGCAACGAACACACCAUAUGCCCUAGAUCAGGCCAUCAGGCGACGUUUUGACAAGCGAAUAUAUAUUCCUCUCCCAGAUUUGAAGGCUCGGCAGCACAUGUUCAAAGUGCAUCUUGGAGAUACCCCUCACAACUUGACCGAAAGUGAUUUUGAAGUCUUAGCUCGCAAGACUGAGGGUUUUUCGGGUUCAGAUAUUUCUGUUUGUGUCAAGGAUGUCCUCUUUGAACCUGUUCGUAAAACACAGGAUGCCAUGUUUUUCGUCGAGACUCCUAAUGGCAUGUGGGUGCCAUGUGGACCAAAGCAACCGGGUGCUGUCCAAAUUACCAUGCAGGAACUGGCAGCACAAGGACUAGCAGCCCAGAUCCUUCCCCCUCCUAUCACAAAAACGGAUUUUGAUAAGGUCCUUGCAAGGCAAAGGCCAACUGUGAGCAAAGCUGAUUUAGAGGUUCAUGAGAGAUUCACAAAGGAGUUUGGAGAGGAAGGCUAAUGAACGUGGUGAUAUGAUCAAUCCAUACUCAUGAAUUCAACUGCUAUGAUAUGUAUUUUAGUUGUUACUGCUGGUUCCAGUGAAUUGCAUCAAAAGGGGAAGCUGGCUUGACUUUCCCUUUGUAUUGAGAUGAAAAAACUGAAUUGAAUACUCGUUAAAUUGCUUGUUUCAAAUUGUGUAAAGAAGAUUUUUAGAAAUAUCAUCGCAGAAUGUUAUUA